UGUGCGUACAGAAACUGGAGCCCUCCACGGUUGGCAGUCAUCCAAGUUAACGGGCUGUUUUGGGGAUGAGUGUGGCGGCCCCGGACGUCUCGGUGUCGCUCGCUGGGUUUUUUUCCCCCUCCUAUUUUUCCGGGGAUUUUCUAUCUUGUACAGGGAGAAGGAAUGAGAGAGAAGCCAAGAAGGAUUCCCCAGCAUUAUGGAGCCACGCAUUGCAGGCAGCUGUGAAAGGUGAUGCAAUGAAAAGCAUCUGACCCACAACUGCAAACAUUUACCGGGUGCUGCCGCACAUUGGAGUGAUAAUAGAUAACAGCAUCAAGUUGUGGAGUUUGUGAAGCCAAAAGCGGCAUCAUGUUCUACGGUUCUUCCUCCGGGGCCAGUAUGUCCCUGCCGUCCAAGAGCCGCCUGAAACGCCAGAGCAGGACCUUCACACAGGUCCUGUACCGCACUCUGAGUUACAGAGACCGUGUCCCAGUAGAAACUGGAACAAACACUCGUGGGGACCGGCGCUCCACGACUGAACCCCCAGAGCGACCGACGGACGACCCGGCCGAACUCUCCACGCAGAGCUCGGCCCCGGGGGUGCUGAAGAUCUUUGGAGAUGAAAUCUGUGCCGGUGCCAACUACAAGAGCGUCCUGGCCACGCCGCGCUCCAGUGCCCAGGAGCUGGUCAAAGAGGCACUCGACCGUUACUCUCUCAACAAGAACGCUGCCCACUCUUACGUCCUGUGCGACGUCAUCGGGCGUUUGGAGGGGGAAGGUGGGAUAGGAGAAGGGGGGUGGCGAACCGAAUGCUUGCGUGCGAUGGGGGACAACGAAAAGCCGCUGUUGCUCCAGGAGCUUUGGAAACCCAGAGAGGGACACGCUCGCAGAUUUGAGCUGCGCAGGAGGGUAGAGGUGGAGGAAUUCAACGCCAAAGAGAAGGACACCAUCACUGCUGGGCCCAAAACCUCCCAGUUCCUGGCGGCUCUAAUGGGUCGGUCUGGGCUGGGCAAACACAGGAGCUCCCCCCUGCGCUGUGGUCGAGUGGUACAGUCCAGCUCUAAAGAUAUAAAUGCUCAGGCACGUAAGCUCCAGAGGAACAGAGCGAAGGGGACGCUGACCCUGCCCCGAUCCAGCAACUCAUCCUUCUGCCGCAGCCUCAGCGAGACCAGCCUCAACCAGCUGGGACUGGGAGAUGAGCCCAAGCGUUACUACUCCACCCUGCCAGGACCCUUAAGGGGUCGAGAUGCAGCCUCCAGUGGCCGAAGGAAAGAGGAUGGAGGUCAGGGAGGAGUGAAGCACUCACUUUACCAGUCCCCCCACCUCCUGCUGCUACAGGGGUACAAUCAGCAGGACUGUUUGGUGUACCUGCUGAACAGAGAGCAGCACACAGUGGGUCAGGAGACUCCGUCAGCUCGCCCCAACAUCUGCCUCUUCUCCCCUGACAUCCUGCCGCUCCACUGCCGCCUGCGCCGAGUCGCCGCACCCCGCCGCCACGCCAACAACAAGGUGGAGGAUCCGGGGGAGAGUCAGCGGUCCUGUGUUGCCGUGGAGCCGGUGCUCCACGCCACAGUCCUGGUGAACUUUUCCCGCUGCGAGCGCUCCACCACGCUGCGGCACGGUGACCUUCUUUCCUUUGGAUCGCAUUACAUCUUCCUGUACAAGGACCCCACGGGCGCUAAGCCUCUGCCUGCCCAGACCUUGGCACGCCUCCGUUCCCUCGGGCAGCUUUACGACACCGGGGUGGAGGAGGGGGAGGGCGGCGCUCAGACUUGUAAGAUGUGUGGGUCUGUGCUGAAGGACCGAGCAGCGCAGGUGUCAAGUGUUCCCGCAGUCAGACGCAGCUUCAAACCUCACCUGGUGAAGCCCCGCAGUGCAGGGCCGGCAGCGGGAGGACCGGCAGCGGGAGGACCCCUUGGUUUGUCAGGAGGGGAAGGAGGAGGAGGCGGAGGCGGAGGCGGAGGCGGAGGCGGAGGCGGAGGCGGCGGAGGAGGAGGAGGAGGAGGAGGAGGAGGAGGAGGAGGAGGAAGAGGAGGAGGAGUAGGAGGAGGAGUAGGUCAGAAAAGAAGGCUACAACUGGAGUUUGACCCGGCUCAUGAAGACCAGCUAAUGAACAGGAUUCUGUCUCUCAUAGAACCUGGAGGAGAUGACCACAAGCUGACUCCUGCCUACCUGCUGUGUCUCUGCAUACAACACUCUGCCUCCACUUUCCCCCCUGGGAGUUUUGGGAAACUGCUGCUUAAGAUAGUCCGACGAAUCCAGACCAUCGCAUGGGAGAAGACAAAGGAGCUGGCUCAGAAGCAAGCUCAGCAUCAGGAUCCGGCCUCGCUGUGCCUGCUCAGCAUCUCAGACCUGAUCCCAGACCUGCAGACCAUCUUCUUCUGGAUGUCCAACUCCAUCGAGAUCCUGUACUUCAUACAGCAAAGAGCCCCAGCGUACACACACACCAUUGAGACACUGCAAGGGUCAAAAGAGUCGUUGCUGUCGGCGACCAUAUCAGCCAAUGAGGAGGCAAUGACAAUCUUGGAAGAAGUGAUCAUGUACACUUUCCAGCAAUGUGUCUACUAUAUCACCAAGGCUCUUUAUGUAGUGUUACCAGGUUUGUUGGACUGUAAUCCGUUUCCAGUGGACAGCUCUGAGCCCUGCUGGAAAGGAGGUGUAGGGUUUCCUGAACCUGUGCGCAGGGUCCUGCAGGUGUUUCAGAACGGCCAGGAGCUUCUGCAGAGCUACCAGGUCCACCCGGAGAUCCAGGCUCAGAUGUUCGCUUACCUCUUCUUCUUCUCCAACGUGUCGCUGUUUAACCAGCUAAUGGACAAAGGUCCAUCUCGGGGUUGGUUCCAGCGGUCGAAGGUGCUGCAGAUUCAGGCGUGUUUGCGGAUGGUCAUGGAGUGGGCGAGCAGGUCGGGUCUGGGACACCUGGCCGACAAAUUCUUCACCAAACUCAACAGCGCUGUGUCCAUACUGGCCACGCCCCCACAACAGCUCACACAGUUAAGUUGGCGAGCUCUGUCCAGUGAGCACCCGGCUCUGAAGCCAGUACAGCUGCACAGGAUCCUCACCCAGUACCAGCUCACAGCAGAGAUAGGCCCUGUCCCAUCAUGGCAGCCCAGCAGCGAGGACGAGGCGUAUAUAUACAGAACAGUGGACCUCCUGGAGAGCUUUGAGAACCACCCUCCCAUAGUGCUGCCCAGCGGCGGCUUCAGAGUGGACCUGGAGAGCGAGUGUGUGGAGGACAGCAUCUACAGACAGCUGCUCUACAUCCGCCACUACCUGUGGGGGCUGCGCACCAAGACGCAAACACACACCAACACUCCCAGUGUGCACACACACUCCAACGGGACCAACACAGCCGACUGGCCCGACGUACAGUCUUUCUGUCCGAUCCCGGCACAGAGGGAGAUGCUGCCUCCGGCCCACAGCAGUCCCCGCUCCGGGGGUCCUGGGGAGGAGGUGACGGGGGAGCCGGGAGAGGAUAGGGCACGGGAGAGACCUCCAGGCCAGUCACACACACACAGCCUGAGGAGGAACGGCACCAUCCACCACGCCCGGACGGCAAAUCCAGACCCGUCCUGCCUCUUGACCCCCACCAACACUCCGCUGUACCCCGACGAAGGGGGAGGAGGAGGAGGAGGAGGAGGAGGAGGGGGAGGGAAGUUCAUAGGCCCCAUCGCCCAGACUAACGGCUGCAGCAGCAGAACUGUGGCCGAGUGUAAAAAGACCAACGGACUCAUCAGCAAUGGACUGGAGGUGGAACUGGACAAAGGACCCUACGGACUCGGCAUGGGACUCAUAGACGGCCUGCACACUCCUCUCAACGCUCCAGGCAUCUACAUCCGAACUCUGAUCCCCGACGGCCCGGCGGCGUCUGACGGCAGGCUGAGGAUCGGAGACCGCAUCCUGGCUGUGAACGGGACCAGCCUGAUAGGAGCCGACUACCAGAGCGCCGUGGAUCUGAUUCGCCUGGGAGGAGGUCGCCUACGCUUCCUGGUGGCCAAGUCCGACCCCGACGUCUCGGAGAAGAUCAGCGCCUCCUCCUGCUGACUGUCUCCGAGCAACCGCUGCACAACACCGGAGGGAGAGGUAGGACAGCGAGACGACGCGGGAUACUGCACUCGAACAGCACACACACAAACACACACAGCAUGAAAUAUGGGUGUGAAAACUAGCGACAGCACAAAGCCACGCAAUCAAACUGGAGAUUAACACUCCACAGCUGCCAGAUCUGCUGCCCUCACGCUGACUCCAACUGGGUUUGUGUGACAGACAGAAUCCGUAACCCACGGCGACAUCAAAGGGAUACGCUGCAAGGAAAAGUCGCCUAAUUAAUCAGCGUUGGAGGAAAGCGAGGUCUAGCCAGCCAGUACGCAGCCUGAUGUGGUUUAAAGCACAGCAGAUUUUAAAAGUUUUAAUUUCCCUUUGGCUGGUGCUCGCAGCAUGUGAACACAUAAGGACUUUUUCCACAUGAAUUUUAGAAUAAUUGUACUAGACUUUCAGUAGCAUGGUGAAAUAGCUGCCCAUCUCUCAGAAACAAGGAACUGAGGACACGAACUGACUGUACUUCUUAAAGCACUUGCAGACAAACAUGAAGACGAGGUUCUCUUCGAUGGAUGUUUUACACAACGCUUUUAGAGUGGAAUGUUUUCUAAUCCUGUUUGUUAGCAACUCCCAAAGCCCUAUCUGCUCAACAGACUCUAUGAAUGUUGACUUUCAUACCAGAGAGUGGCUGUAAAAGGAGGAAGAAGUAAAGUCAAGACACAGCCCAGCUCUCCUAUUUCACAUUCAACCUCAUCAUGGACUUCAUCCCGCCACCGGACAACGGAGGAGUUCCCGAUGCUCCACGUGCACAGGGGAUGUGCAGCUGCUGGGGGACAUUGUUAUUUAUUAAUGACUGGAUCAUCAAGACCACAAACUUUACUCCAGGUUCUGAUGCACAAUCGUCGUGUUUAUAAGCUACACUUGUGUUGUCAAUAUAUGCGGUAUUUAUCUGGGUAUGAGGUGUAAAUAGUCCUUUGUAAAUAUGUAACACCUGGUCACAUAUUGUGUGGACAUUCAAAAGAGAAACUACAUUUUGGGGAUUUCUCUAUAACCUUCUUUGACUCUGAAAAAUACUGAUGGAAAAAAGGAAUGUAAUUUUCUAAAAUGGCAGUUGUGGAUUUAUUUUAAACAUUUAAAGAAUUCAAGAACUAUUAACAAGAAUCGACUUCUGAACUUCUUAUUCCAGAAGGGUCAUUAGCUGCACUUUGAUUCAGCAGUUACUAAAAUUACAGAAAACCAUGUCUUACUGGUGGUAUCUAGCAAAAGUCCCUUUUGAGGUUUGAGAUAUUUCUGAUUAAGAAUUUCCUUCUAACCCUUCCUGGUUGUUCACAGAAUUGUCAAAUUUCGCCUAAACAUUAAACAGCAGCUGUCUUUCCAGAGAUAGCAUAUUUUCAGUUUCUCGGGAUGAUAUACUAACCCAGGGUUCGAGUUAUAAUCUGAGUUUUAUGGGGGUCUUUAAAACUAACGUUAGGGGCGGAGAUAAAUAUAUCAAUGACAGCCGGGUAAUAACGUUAAUAACGGGUGAUAUUUAUAUACCUUUGAGGUGAAGUGAAGGCAUAUUGUCAUUCAAGAGAGAAUACGAUGCGUAGUUCUUUUGGAAAACAUGUUUUCUUUUAGCCUAUUUACCUUGUUAACGUAAAUAAUACUCAUUACAUUGAAAAAUGCAUUAUGUGAUUAAAAUAAUGGUUGUUGGUAAUGUAUUAGCGACCCCCACAGAUGUAAGAUUCCCCUGCUUUUCAUAGGAGCUCAGACCCCUCCUUACGGGAGCUCACCUCCCAUUGGCUCCCACAUAACUCGAACCCUGUACUGACCUCACUAUAUGUCACCAUGAAAGGAUUAUUUAUUAUAUAUAAUAUAAAGUUGUCCCAAUUCACUGUGAUGUCUGUGGAUUAUCCAGAGUUAUAGGGAUAUUUUUCUGGAAGUAUAGGUUGCAGACAAUUCUAUAGUUUAAUAAUUAGAUCUACAAAUAUAGGCAACCAAAACAGCAAACAUGUGCUCGUGUAAUUUGGCUGAAUGGACCCUUUUAAAAAGACCACCAGCAACAACAAGACCAAGUCACCUUCACAAGAAAAAGCAAUACAAGUCCCUGAUUCAAAUUUAAGGUGACUAUGGAAAAAUAAGCCACGCUAGUCAGUUCUGUUCGGACUUUUGUUCUGCCCUCAGCUCUGUGGAUCACAACAUCAGUAGCAGUGACCUUCUGUAAAAAUAAAAACGCUGCAUCUGUGCAGAUCCAGAUGUUUAUUGGCUCUCUUACAAAAAGAAGCCCAGACUUAGACGGUUUUCAUUAUUGAUUAAUCUGCCAAUCAUUCUUCCAAUUAAUAUAUUAAAAUACCUAGCUCAUUUUUUACUGGCCAAAACCCAAUAGAGAAAGUUAAACUAGCCACUAUUUUCAAUGAGAAAUUACCAAAAUGUAUUUAUGAUUUACAUUUGUUGAAAUAUCAGUCCAUUCGCUGAUUCUUUCCCCCCCCCCCCCAUCAGGUUUGUUUGACUUGGCUUUAAUCUGUUCAUGUUCAUUUAUUUGCAGUAACAUUUGUGUGGAUUUUAAGGAUUUAAGACAUUGAUUUCAUGCAUGUAUAUUAUUCUCUGUUCAUUAUUUAUACUGUUGAAACAUGAUGGUACUUAAGAAUAAAGAUUGUUAAAUACUUGUUCAUGUUU